AUGGCUGAUGACGACAAGGCAGAGUGCGAGAGGAUCUUUGGCAAGUUUGAUGCCAAUGGAGACGGUAAAAUCUCUUCAGCCGAGCUUGGAGAAUCUUUGAAGACGCUUGGAUCUGUGUCAGCCGAAGAGGUCAAAACUAUGAUGGAUGAACUUGACACUGAUGGAGAUGGAUUCAUUUCUAAAGAAGAGUUUACCGAUUUUUAUAAUGCUAAUCGGGGGCUAAUGAAAGAUGUUGGCAAGAUCUUCUAA